ACAGAAGAGCGCAUCAAAAAGUUAGGGUUCUGUAUCAACGAAACAAAAGGCGAUAUUUUUGAUUCGUGAGGAGGCGAUGGGUGAAUUUGAAGGUACGAUUCAAGUUUUGUUUCUCUCGUGUUUAUAUAAUUUACUCUCGCCUACAAUUUUACAUGUAACAGGCUGGAAUCGCUGGGUGGAACCUGCGUUUUUGCUGUGGAAGCCUGAGGAUCCUGAUUAUGAGAGACCUGUGUACGAUCCGGAAAAGGCUAAGUUUACUGCACAGGAAGAGCUUGACAGAAUGCGCGAAGAAGUUAAUCAGAGCGAUGGUUUUGAUAUUGAUUUCGAUUACUAUCGCUGCGUUUUCAACUACCAUCGUGCUUAUCUCGAUGAUGCUGAAUUUGGUGAAUUUGGUGACGAGCCGGAAACCACUGAGGAUUUUCUUAGGAGGCUCUCUCAAAAAUCCCUUGAUGACUACAAUGUAGAGGAGAAGAGAGAAUUCGAGUUUGUCAGGGUUGUUAAAUCCAAUUUCCACUUCUCUGCGGGACUUAUGUUUCUGAUAACAUUUGAAGUUGUUGAUCCUUAUGAUGGUGAGAUCAAACCCUUCCAAGCAAGGGUACGCUACCUCAACGAUACCUUCACUGAGUACAUCUUCUGCAGGCCAAAAACCAGUGCUGGAGUGGAAUACUAUGGGAAGGCCAAGGCACAUGUCGCCAAAAAGCAAAGAUUGGAGUCGGAACUUUUAUAUGCUACAAGUAUGGUGACUAGUGAGAACUGAGAGCUCUCUUGUUUCCUUAUCUAUUUUGUGUCCUAAAUGUGUGACUUUAGCUUGUGUUUCUUAACACUCAAGUGUGACUUUACUUCUUGUGUUCCUAUUGAAUAAUAGACUUGUAAUGUUUCUUUUGUUGCUCGCCCUCUUUUAGACGUAUUUCAAGUGUUCUUUUAGAGGCCAUUCGUUUUGAUAUAAG